CCUCCCCCCGCCUCCCAUGAUUUCUAACCAGAGGUAAACAAACUGUGAAAGAGGCAGGGACCUACAGGAUCUGCUGCAGGAGGCGGAGAAAACGACCGCCAGAUCCCAGGGAACAGGGCUUGGACCAUGGAUGCAGGGGCAGCCCCGAGGUUGAAUGGGAAGGUGUAGGGUCAAGGGAAGGAGCGGGCAGCGACGGCGAGCAAGGAUGCAGGACUAGCGGGGCAAGGCUGACGGAGAGGUCGGAGGAGGGAUCGAUGGUGGGACUCGGCGUGUAGGGAGGGGGAGGCGCGGGGCAAGAUCGGCGGAGAAGGGGGAAAGAGCACCCGAGAGCCAAGGAUCAGGACUAGGCGGGUCGUGGUGCUCCUUGACCAGGGGAUGAAGAGGGGCAGGAGACUGAGCGCCAGGCUCUCGAGGUAGGAUGUGGGCAGGGUCCAGGGGCAACUACGGCAGGAGUUGUUAGAUCCUCUUCAUUUCUUGGUCUCGCUGAUCAAACUUCCCAGAGGCAUCAGAAAGGACCCCGCAGCCCCUUAGUACCGCCUCGCCUGCUGCCCUGUGCCCGUCCCCUCCCGGUAAGAGGAAGCGGAGUUGUUGCCACCCUUAUUGUAAAAGGGGAGAGCGGGGAGUCCUUCCUCUCAACUCUCCAGGAGAAGAUCUAAGAGUGCCCAGGGGCUGGCAAGCGGCCUCAUCCAACCCAGGGGCUAUGGAACGGGUGGAGAUGAUUAACAUCCAGCGCCUUCUGGAGGCAGCUGAAUACCUGGAGCGCAGAGAGAGAGAGUGUGAGCAUGGGUAUGCCUCGACCUUCCCCUCCAUGCCGAGCCUUGGACUGCAGGACCCAAAGCCACCGCAGAGGCUGAGCCGGGCAAGAAAGCAUAGCAGCGGAGGGAGCAGCACGGGCACUGCUAACAGAUCUACGCACAACGAACUAGAAAAGAACCGACGAGCUCACCUCCGCCUGUGUCUAGAACGUUUAAAAGUUCUGAUACCACUAGGACCUGACUGCUCCAGACACACAACCCUCGGGCUGCUUAACAAAGCCAAAGCACAUAUCAAGAAACUUGAAGAGGCUGACAGGAGAAGCCAGCACCAGCUUGAUAACCUGGAAAGAGAGCAAAGAUUCUUAAAGCGAAGAUUGGAGCAGCUGCAGGGCUCUCAGGAGAUCGAGCGAAUACGAAUGGACAGCACUGGAUCAACAAUUUCCUCAGAUCGCUCUGAUUCAGAGCGGGAAGAAAUUGAAGUGGAUGUGGAAAGCACAGAGUUCUCCCAUGGAGACGUGGAUGAUAUCAGCACAACCAGUACAAGUGACAUUGAUGACCACAGCAGCUUGCAAAGCAUUGGGAGUGAUGAGGGUUACUCCAGCGCUAGUGUCAAGCUCUCCUUCACUUCCUAGAGCAUGGUGCUAGGGCAGAGCAGAUUUCUUUGGGGUAGUUGAAGUUCACACAGCAGAGCUCUUAGAUACAGUAUUUUUCUUCUCCAAACCGCACUUCAACAGCUAAGCUUGGACAGAUGCAACUCUAGAAUAGCUCUGUGGGUCCACAGGAGGGUGGGAACCUAACAGGGGAGCCAGUCAGUCUCCAUACUGUCACAGUCCAAAAUACUGACUUAGUGCUGAACCCAUAGCUAUUUUGACGUCUGAAGCAGGACUCCAGUUGUGCACAGCUGGACUGAGAUUUACCCAUGUAUAAGUGGAUAGCUUUGCUAAGAGAUUAUUUGAUUUGGACAAGGGAUCUCGGUUAUUCUGGCCCCAAUCCGUUUUCUCAGUUUGUCAUACCUUCUGAGAAAUGGAAUUUUUUUCCAUCUUCCAAAUUUAGCAAGCUUUGUUAAGAGCCCUUGUGGUGCUAAAUAUAAAUAAAAACGUUAGUCCAAUAUCUUAUGAUGAUGAUCUAACGCUAGUCCCAGAUUGUGGGACAAAAGUAGCCAAGGUGAUACUAGUUUCUUGGACCAGCCUCUUCUGAUGAGUUUGCACAAUUUUAUGAAUUACAAAAACUCCUUUUUUCAUUCUCCUUAAACUCCCAUCACUUGAUUGAAGCUUCUUUCCCCCUUUAACCUGAACGCAAGAACUAUGGGAAGUUCUUGUGUACUCUCACCAGCAGUAGCUAGUCCAGUCAACACCUUCUGCCCACUGGUUUCUCCAGUCAGCUCUGAUCAUUAUUACCUAUGAGAUAACAAUAAUCGUUAGAAGCUCUGCUCAUGCCCUGUGAAAAGAGAGGUGCUGCAAAUCUGGAAGCAAUUCUCAUUCAGCUCAACUUUUCAGCUGGACAUUGUUUCAAGGCAAGAGCUUGUGCCACAUUAUUUAGCACUAGGGUGUUGAGCUGUAAAAUACCAGCACACAGUGCAACUGCUCUCUGGAUUCAAUGGCUACAGCAGUAACUCCUUGUCUAGAGUGAUGCUUCUGACAGAGUGAGAGACAAACAAGACAGACAAGCCUGUAAAAGAUAUGAUGUGCAGGAAAGGCACAGCCUCCAUUCUGAGCCGCAAUGAUCUUUUUUUUUAUUUCCUUUUGCAAAUUAUUCUGAUAAAUGUUUGUAAAAGUUGUUCAGGUGAGAGAACCUACAUGCAACAAUGUCUUUUUAGAACUCAUAGGCAUGAUUCUGCAGAUGUCUUUUGUAACUAACACCAAUGGAAAGGGACCCGUUUUUCUGCUGCCAUGCACAAAAGGAACAGGGAUUUUAUGGCUCUUCCUUUUGAUUUCCUUUAUGGAUUCCCUUUGCAGACUUUGCCACCUGGAUCCAACCAUAGUUGUGGGCCCACAGUUAACAUGGCAUGUGUCUCACAGUUCCUCAGGGGACACCUCCCACUCUCCCUGAGCAGGAACUGUUGCAGUUGUCUUGCUGUUAACAAAAUAAGAUUGUAUCCAAUUUUUUUAAAAAUGAUUUUCCUUCUGCGAUAUGCUUUCUAACCUGCACUUUGAGGUCUUCUUUGCUUUCACUUUUAAGUUUUUAACUACAAGGAUUUUUAUUUUUGUUCCUUUACCAAGUUUAAACUUCUUUUUUUAGAGACCUCAUUUAUGACACUUGUUUGAGACUUAAGUAAUUUGCCUACCCCGUAAUUACUAAGGGAAAAAAGAGAAAAAGAGGAAAAAAUGCUUUAUAAAAUUCAUAACUUAUUGCUGAUUAUAAUUAUUGGGUUGUUAAUUUCAGUCCUGUAGAUUUUUAAUUUUAUUAUUCUUUAGAUAGGGCUGGGCGACGAAAAACACAAAAAACACAAAAAAACACAAGGUAACCUCAUUUAGCAGUGCAGUGGAAUUGUGUUUAAAUGUUAGCAUAUGGUUCUGCUUAAUAGUAGCACUUUAACACCAUUAAACAUUUCUGUAUCUGAAAUGCACUGUGUUCUGCCAUUUUGGUCACUCAUGAUAUUUUAGAAUUCCCAUGUUCUUGUGCCUGGAAGUUGUUUUUUAAACCUAUUGGCCAUGUGAUUAGAUGACCCCAAAUGACCUCUCAUGUAGAUCUUGUCUUGAUACUGAUAUGCUGUGUGUAUGUUUGAACCCACAUGUUAUCCAUUCACCCCAGAGCUAUUACUGUGUCAUAUAAUACAAGACACAACUUUAGAACCUGUGUCAUGAAAUAGAAGCAUAAUCCCACCAAGGUUAUAGUAUGUUUUAUAGAGCUGGGUUUUUUUUUAUUUUGUUUGGUAAAGCCUGGAUCCAGUUGUUGUUCUACAUUAAUCUCCCCUAGGUGACUCUAUAAAACAUUCUGGUUUACUGCAUGUGGUACUCUCUCCCUCUAGUGGCUGGAAUAAGAACCCAUUAGUUGUAGUUAAUGGGAGUCAAACAUUCAGCUGAACCAGCAGCAACAACUUUUAUAGUACUGAGAUCUGUUAAUUGGUCCAUAAUCUGCAUGUGUGAAGCUAUAGUGUCCCAGCACAAUUCUGUGGGGCUGUUAAAAUGACUGGCGAGAACUCGAAAUGAGCCAAAAUUGCAGUACUGAGUUGUGUGGGUAGCCUUGGUUUGUGAUUCUGCAGACACAAAAUCAGUCCAACUGACAUCCUUUGAGUCCAUUUCUGAUCACGGGAACUCAUGUAGCAGAGUACAUGCUUUGAAGGUAAAAGAAAGUUGAGUUCAAACCCUGACAUCUCUGGCUGGAAUUUUUUUUAGAAGGACUAGAAAAAAGAUGAGCCUGGAAAGUUGCUGUCCAGAUGUUGAAUACUGAUCUAAGUGCCAUUAUGUGUCAAGAUCAUGUAAAAAAUUAGAUGGAAAGGACGGACAAACCUCUUCAUGCAUUACUUUGUUGAAGGGGUAAUGUGACUGUUCCUGGACCCUCUUGAAGAAUGUUUGGGGAGGAGGGAUUUCCUAGCUCCAUAGGUUGCCAGAAAGAUUUAGAAUGUUGGGGAGUCUACAUUGAUAAAAAGGAUCCGAAGUUAUUCCUCAACAAGGCACCAGGAAGAGCUGUGUGUGACCUUUGGGUUAGAGCUAGACACACAACCUCCCUUUGUAUAAUAAUAAGUAACAUAUAAAAAAGAUUUUACCUACACUAAAUUCUGCACAAGCACAAUAUAAACAUAGAGGGACUUUGAAGUGUUGCUCUAGAAUCACAUACAACAGUUUGUAUGUUAAAGAGCCUCUGCAACAAGGUACAACAGGUUGAAUGUGCAUGUUAUGUUAGCCAUUCUAUUAAAAAAAAUGAAAGGGGUACAUUUGUGUAACUUUGAGUCAGUGAUAGCCAGAAAGCAGCUCAAACCUCAAUAUAACAUCUAGGUAAAAGGUAAAGGGACCCCUGACCAUUAGGUCCAGUCGUGACCGACUCUGGGGUUGCACGCUCAUCUCGCAUUAUUGGCCGAGGGAGCCGGCGUAUAGCUUCCAGGUCAUGUGGCCAGCAUGACAAAGCCAUCUGGCAAACCAGAGCAGCACAUGGAAACGCCGCUUACCUUCCCGCUGUAGCAGUUCCUAUUUAUCUACUUGCAUUUUUGAUGUGCUUUCGAACUGCUAGGUUGGCAGGAGCUGGGACCAAGCAACGGGAGCUCACCCCGUCACAGGGAUUUGAACUGCUGACCUUCUGAUCAGCAAGCCCUAGGCUCAGUGGUUUAACCCACAGUGCCACCUGGGUCCCAUAUAACAUCUAGAAAAGGCUUUAUUUCCCCAAGUUCGUCAUUCAAUUGCAUUUACAUCUUGAAAUUUCCUCUUGUUCCUUACACUUGAGAUACAUUUAUAUGUAAUCUUCUCCCCCUCCCCAUUUAUAAUUUGUAAUGUUUGCUCAGAAGUCAGUCACACUGUGUUCAGUUGUGUUUCACUUUCAGAUAAAUGUGCCCAUAUCUGUAGGCUGGGACCCAAAAGUUAAAUGUGACUUUGCAUUUGCCAUAGAUUUUUUU